AUUACAGCAGCCCUGAGUUUUCUGUUCGCUCGUUUUAUCCGACCGGUUUAUGUUUGGGCAACAUUCAGGUUUCGUCCACGGAAGUAAAUGAAAAAAAAUGGAGUAAAUCGAAAUAAAAUGCGUCUAUGCAGCGAUGCUCUGAAGGAGAAAUCAUUUAAGGAGCCGCAUGCAAAAGAUUCCUGCAGACCGAGUGUGUGUUAGAUGGAAAGGUAACCAAAACACCAGCGGGAACAGCCAGUUGGCAACGAGGCUGAGAGGGCAACCAUGUCUCAGAGACUGGGCUCUCUAAAUGUGUCCUGCAAAAUAUAAGGACUGGAGGAAGAUGCAGAAUUACCGAAGACCCAAUGCACCAUGGCGCUGUCAGAAGUUUAUUGGGACCACCACAUCCCCCUGCCCAUACUCACCUCCAGCCAUGCAAAGAUCACAGUGGCUUUGGUGGCGCUCCUGUGUUUCAUCAACAGUUAUGAUGGACAGUUUGUCUUUGACGAUUCAGAAGCGAUCAUCAAUAACAAGGAUUUGAGACCAGAAACACCCCUCAACAACAUUUGGGGCAACGACUUCUGGGGAAGCAACCUGAGCAGCAACUCCAGUCACAAAUCCUACCGACCCCUCACAGUCCUCACCUUUAGGCUGAACUACCUCUUGGCUGGAGGCCUCCACCCUGUCGGCUUCCAUGUACUGAACAUUAUCCUCCAUGCUGUCAUAUCAGCUGUGAUGAUUGACAUUUUUGCCAUAUUGAUUGGUGGCCUGGCGUAUGAUAAGAGGGGGAGGAUAGUGAACCACGCUCCCAAGGCCUCUCUCCUGGCUGCGCUGUUUUUUGCAGCGCACCCCAUCCACACAGAAAGCGUGGCUGGUGUAGUGGGUCGAGCAGACCUUUUGUGUGCGUUGUUCUUCCAGUUUUCUUUCCUCACCUACUGUAGAGCCUUCCAUAUCAGUGGCAGUGAUAGAGAUGAGAGGUUUUCCAUCCAUUGGAUUGUGGUCAGCCUCUUGCUGUGUGCUGCAGCCAUGCUCUUCAAAGAACAAGGCAUCACAGUCUUGGGUGUGAAUGCAGCCUUUGAUCUCCUCCUGAUCUGUAAUGUUAAUGUGUAUGAGUUUAGCCAGAGGGUUCUCCUCAGGAAGAAACUGGUAGAGAUAAAUGAGAUUUUGCGAACAGGAGUCCUCACAAGAUUGAUUCUUUUGGCUCUGGGAGGAACCUCGAUGCUGUAUGCACGCUGGAGGAUUAUGGGUACCGGACCGCCAGCAUUCACUGAAGUUGACAAUCCUGCUUCCUUUGAAGAAAACAUAUUUUUGAGAAUAGUGAACUAUAAUUACUACUACUCUCUGAAUGCCUGGCUGCUGCUGUGUCCCUGGUGGCUGUGUUUUGAUUGGUCCAUGGGCUGCGUGCCGCUCAUUAAGUCCGCCACUGAUUGGAGGAUGGUGUGGCUGCUGCUGCUCUGGUGCGCUCUGAUAGGCUUGAUAAGCCAAGCCUUAUGCUCACAGGACAGCCAGAGAAGGAGGACAUUGAGCCUGGGUCUGGUGCUGCUGGUGGUCCCGUUCCUGCCAGCCUGUAACGUCUUCUUUAGGGUGGGAUUUGUCAUUGCUGAGAGAGUCCUUUACCUGUCGUCAGCCGGCUACUGCCUGCUGCUGUCCUUUGCACUGGGACACUGCUGCUACCAAUGGACCAAAUAUAAAAAGCUACUGUGUGUGGCUAUGCUGGCUUUGCUGUGUCUGUAUGUGGCUCGGUGUGCACUCCGCAGUCACCAGUGGAGGUCAGAGCAAAGCCUGUUCACCAGCGCCCUUUCUAUCUGUCCACUCAAUGCCAAGGUCCAUUACAAUGUUGGUAAAAACCUGGCUGACAGAGGAAACACUAGUGCCGCGAUUAAAUACUACAGAGAGGCAGUAAGGUUGCAUCCUACAUACGUCCACGCCAUGAACAACCUCGGCAACAUCCUAAAGGAGAAGGACGAGCUGGUGGAGGCAGAGCAGCUCUUGUCCAAAGCUGUAAAGAUCCAGCCUGACUUUGCUGCAGCUUGGAUGAACCUGGGUGUAGUCCAGAAUAGUCUGCAGAAGUUUGCAGAAGCGGAGCAGAGCUACUGGAAUGCGAUCCGCUUCCGGAAAAAGUACCCAGACUGUUACUACAACCUGGGACGUUUGUAUGCCGACCAGAACAGACACUUGGAUGCUCUGAAUGCAUGGAGGAAUGCUACAGUACUGAAACCCGACCACAGCCUCGCCUGGAACAACAUGGUUAUCCUGCUGGACAACACUGGCAACUUGGGCCAGGCCGAGCUGAUUGGUCGAGAGGCCCUGAAGCUCCUCCCCAAGGACCACACGAUCAUGUUUUCAUUGGCCAAUGUCCUGGGAAAGCUCCAGAAAUACAAGGAGUCAGAAGGCUUCUUCCUCAACGCUCUGAGGAUCAACCCAAAUGCUGCCAGUUGCCAUGGCAAUCUGGCCGUCCUGUACCACCGCUGGGGGAAACUGGAACUGGCAAAGAAACACUACGAGCUGUCUCUGAAGCUGGACCCCGAGGCCUCGGGCACCAGAGACAACUACAACAUGCUGCGACGCAAACUGGACCACAGCAAACAUGGGGUACGCUGAGGGCUCCCACCCCACCACGACUUUCCAUUUCCUGUUUGAUAGACUCUCCUGUCACCUUAAUCGACUUUGUACCGGUUUAAUUGUUUGAAAAUAAAGACAAGCUGUGU